AUGGCUCCCAGACAUCGACGACCACCUCGAGAAAUCGAAACGCCUUCAGCCACAAUAAGAUAUGAACCGGUCGUCGAAAAAGGUUCAUGGCUCCAAUCAUGUUGCUCCUGGGACCUGCUUGUUUUCCUUCUAUUAGUAUCGGGUGCUUGUGGAUUCAUUGUCCUUCAUCUCUAUCUUUAUCCGACGUUAGACAAAAUGAGUCAACUUCCAAACAUCGACCCGGAUAAUGCUCCAUUCACUUGGGGUACGUAUCGCCCACAUAUGUACUUUGGAUUGCGAACAAGGUCACCAUUUUCUCCACUUUUCGGUAUGAUGUGGUACGAACAACCAGACACAAUUCAGAGACCGCAUAUAAGACACUGGUGUCAUCAAGAUGAUCAUCUGCCUGGGUACUAUUGGUAUGAAGCAGAUGGGCGAACUUUUGGAAGGCAAAACAUUUCGGAUGCUCACAAAGGGGUAAUUCAAACUGACUGGAUCAAUGAAGCCAACGGAUUUGCUGCUCGAGUGAAACUCAAUAUGGCAAAAGGAAGAAGAUACAAUGUAAUUUUGUACUUUUCGGCACAAGAACUUGCUACACGAUUCCGGCUUGGAAAACACCUGAAAGACAUAUUUUACGGGACCAAUGAAUUGCUUGGAGCAUUCACUUUUAGCGUUCACUUAAAAAAUGGAACAAAACUCAAUUCGUCUCACUCAACAAUGUUAACAGAUGAGAGAAUCCCAAUCGAAAAGUAUCAGGAUUAUAUUAUGGAGAAUACGCAAGCAUACAAUGCACCAAACCAGCCUCUUCACUAUUUGUUAAACGAGAAGAAAAACUCUGAAGAAGGAAAAUUCAUAGCGGUUCAAUUGAAUUUAGGAAACGAUGCGGAGUUUGAUAUUGUUCUUCAAACCGAAAAACUCAAAGCCAUGAAGUCCGAAGAGUUUUCAAAUACUCUACGUUCAAGAACAUACAAUUUCAACAAGAAGUAUGAGAACGCUUUCCAGCUUGGUGGCAAAAAUUACACUAAAAAUCAAUUGAAAAUGGCGAAAGUUGCGAUUUCCAAUAUGCUUGGAUCUAUGGGAUACUGGUAUGGACACAAUCGAGUUGUAUUUAACAAUCUUAUCCAUCCAUACGGACCACAUGCCUUCUUUUCGGCUGUACCGUCUCGUCCGUUUUUCCCACGUGGUUUCUUGUGGGAUGAAGGGUUCCACCAAAUGUUGAUUCGUAAAAUGGAUCCUAAAAUGACACUGGAAGUGAUAGUAUCGUGGAUGAAUGUUAUGGAUACAUCAGGAUGGAUUCCAAGAGAGAUGAUUGUUGGAAGUGAGGCAGAAGCAAAAGUUCCAGCCGAGUUCAUUCCUCAAAGGCCAGAUGUCGCGAAUCCACCAACUCUGUUCUAUGUGAUGGAUAAACUGAUUCAUGACGAAAGGACCAUCAGUCGUUAUUCUGGAAUCUUGAAGCUCUUAUAUCCACGAUUGGAAAAAUGGUUCACUUGGCUUCGAAUCACACAGGCGGGCCCAUCAAGAACAACGUUUAGAUGGAGAGGUCGCAACUCUACAAUUCUUUCCGAGCUCAAUCCGAAAACGCUCUCGUCUGGUCUGGAUGAUUUCCCUCGUGCAUCACAUCCAACCGACAAUGAAUAUCAUCUCGACUUGAAAUGCUGGUUAGCAUUGGCAUCGCGCGUAUUGGCGAGGUUAGCCAGAAGCUAUGGAACUGAGCAGGAAUACCAAAAAGCGUCAAAGGCAAUGGAAGAACUUAACAACUUUGAAACACUUCAAAAAGAUCAUUGGAGCGAAGAAGCUCAGGGAUUUUUCGACUAUGGAAAGCAUAGCAAAGAUGUGGCGUUGGCACCGGUCCCAGCUUCUGGUAGUCCUAGACAAUUUGAGUAUCAACGUGUCGCAUCGCUUGCUCCUACUUACCAGCUGGUUACUGACGCUUUUGGAUACAAUAAUCUGUUCCCUCUGAUGCUAAAAAUGAUCCCAGCGAGGUCUCCAGCCCUAAAAGCAACACUUGAUAAAAUUCGUGACCCAGAAGUGUUAUGGACAAAUUAUGGACUCCGCUCGAUUUCCAAGAAAUCUCCAUACUACUUGGCAAAGAACACAGAGCAUGAUCCACCAUACUGGCGUGGAUACAUUUGGAUCAAUAUCAAUUAUAUGGUUCUCAGUUCUCUACAUCAUUACUCGGAGCAAAACGGCCCACAUAAAGAUUUGGCUAAAAAAAUCUUCCACGAGCUGAGGACCAAUUUGGUAACCAAUAUGGCUAAUCAAUUCCAAAAAACUGGGUUCUUGUGGGAGAACUAUGAUGAUCGGACUGGACAAGGACGUGGAUGUCAUCCAUUCACCGGAUGGUCUUCUCUGAUUCUUCUUAUUAUGAGUGACAAUUUGGACACCUAG